AAACUCAAAUUUGUGGGGAAAAGUGUGCAGCAGUGGCGGACUGACCAUUUGGAAACUCGGGCGCUGCCCGAGGGCCCGGGGUCAGUAGGGGGCCCCAUGAGAUGCCCCUGGUACCUUUUUCAUAGGCUUUUUUGAGUUUGGGCAAGAACACAGGGGCCCCAUGAUCCUCUAUUGCCCGGGGGCCCCAUGAGUUGUCAGUCCACCCCUAGUUCCGCCCUUGCCCACCGGUGUCUGUUCUGGGUGCACAUAGGGCAUGCACUCUCAG